AACUGGUGUUUAUUUGACAGUACAUUGUAGAGACUCAUGCCCAGACUUUACUGCCUCAAUACCUCGGCAUGUACCGGAUCACUGUCAAUGAUGUUGAGACCUACCUGAUUGUGAUGAGGAAUGUGUUCAGUCCCCGGCUGGUCAUCCACAAGAAAUAUGACCUCAAGGGAUCAACAGUUGACCGUCAUGCCAGUGAUAAGGAAAAGGCGAAAGACUUACCUACGUUUAAGGAUAAUGACUUUAUUAGUGAUGGCCUAUCACUAAAGAUUGGGAUGGGUGCUAAGGACAAGCUGAUGGCUACACUUACCAAGGAUGCAGAGGUAAUGUAAAAA